AUGAGUAAACGUUCGAAAAAAGACCGUUCAUUGCCACCUGCAGCAUCACCGCCAGAAAUGUUAACGCCAUCAACAGUACUAAAAGUGGGAGAAGCAUUCAUUGUGCUACGGCGGGCGCCAAACAAGAAUGGUGUAACAGACGAACGCUGCCUUGCAACGGUCGUGGAAAUUCGUGAAAAUGAACAAGCGAGCACAUAUCCCGCUUCUAUUUCCAAUACCACCGCUACUAUUACUACCACUUUAUCAUCGGAUGAUAUGGAUGUCUGUAAGAUUUGCACAAAUCUAUUAAACGAUGUGUCAGGUGAAAAUGUUUCGGUGGAAGUAGACAUUGCUACGAGGAAAGAACAAUGUAAGAUGUAUUAUGUUCAUUACGAUGGUAUGGAUAGGCGACUGGAUGAAUGGGUUGGGAGAAAUCGUAUUGUGGAACGAGCAAAUCCAAAUGCUUUCACUUCUGUUUUGUCCGUACCAUCAUCUUUGUCUGGUACGCUGGAAAGUGGAACUUUAACUCGAAGUCAGCGACGCAUACAUGAAGAAUUCAAUCAUGUGCAAAAAAGUUACGAAGACAUGGAUGCGACAACUGCAAAACUCGAAAAGGAACAUGCGGAGAUGACAAAGGUGAAAAAUAUCGAUAAGAUACGUUACGGUGAUUAUGAGAUAGACGCUUGGUAUGUCUCGCCAUAUCCAGAUGAAUAUAGUAAGGCAGCAAUAUUGUACAUAUGUGAAUAUUGCUUAGCUUAUAUGCGAACCGACGGGGAAUACUGCUGUCAUGUGUUACAUUACUGUGAUCGAAGACAACCUCCAGGCGAUGAAAUAUAUCGAGAUGGGAAUUUAUCAGUUUAUGAAGUUGAUGGAAAAGUGAAUAAGGCUUAUUGCCAGUGUCUUUGUUUGCUAUCGAAAUUAUUCCUGGAUCAUAAAACAUUAUUUUUUGAUGUUGAAACUUUCCUGUUUUAUGUUUUGUGUGAGGUUGAUGAAGUAGGCGCUCAUGUCGUUGGUCACUUUUCUAAAGAGCGGCUCUCUGCAAACAAUCUUGCAUGCAUUAUGGUUUUGCCUCCAUUUCAACGUAAAGGCUAUGGGAAAUUGCUCAUACAAUUGAGUUAUGAAUUGUCCAGUCGUGAAGGAGUAAUUGGAACUCCCGAAAAACCGUUGUCCGAUUUGGGGAAAGUUAGUUACCGUAGCUAUUGGUGGUGGAUAUUAUUAGAGGCUCUUGAUAGACUGAAUAUCGAUGAUGUGACGGUAUCAGAUUUAAGUUCUGCUUCUGGGGUGGCCGAAGAUGAUAUAAUCUCAACAUUACAAACAAUGCAGUUAAUCAAGUAUUGGAAAGGUGAUCAUGUUGUACGUAUGACACGACGGCUUGUUGAGCACUGCAAAUCGAUUAAUAUGGGACGACCACCUAAGUUACUUCUUGAUCCUGAUCUUCUACGUUGGUGGCCAAAGAAACGGCGUCAAAUCAGUCAUCGUGACAAAGACUGA